GCCGCCGCCGCCGCCGCCGCCGCCGGGCGAGCGGCCGCCUAUUGUCCUUCCCGGCGGCGAAGGUGCGGAGCUGCUCCGGCUGGGCCCGCGGGGGAGCCCCGGGCGCCGCACGUGUCCUGGGUCAUGAAACUUAAUCCACAGCAGGCUCCAUUAUAUGGCGAUUGUGUUGUUACCGUGUUGCUGGCUGAAGAGGACAAAGUUGAGGAUGAUGUAGUUUUUUACUUGGUAUUUUCGGGUUCCACCCUUUAUCAUUGCACAAGUACUCGGAAGGUCAGUGGCGAUACGCUGGAGACCAUUGCUCCUGGUCAUGACUGCUGUGAGACGGUGAAGGUGCUGCUCUGUGCUUCCAAGGAGGGCCUUCCAGUAUUUGUGGUGGCUGAAGAAGACUUCCAUUUCAUCCAGGAUGAGGCAUAUGAUGCAGCCCAGUUCCUAGCGACCAGUGCUGGGAAUCAGCAGGCUCUGAACUUCACCCGAUUUCUUGACCGGUCGGGACCCCCAUCUGGGGAUGUGAAUUCCCUUGAUGAGAAGGUUGCCCUGGCAUUCAGGCACCUGAAGCUGCCGGCGGAGUGGAAUGUGUUGGGGACAGAUCAGACUUUGCAUGAUGGCAGCCCCCGGGAAACACUGAUGCAUUUCGCUGUGCGGCUGGGGCUGCUGAGGUUGACGUGGUUCCUGUUGCAGAAGCCAGGUGGCCGCGGGGCUCUCAGCAUCCACAACCAGGAAGGAGCAACACCUGUGAGCUUGGCCUUGGAGCGGGGUUAUCACAAGCUGCACCAGCUUCUAACCCAGGAGAAUGCUGAGGAACCAGACUCCUGGAGCAGUUUAUCCUAUGAAAUCCCAUAUGGAGACUGUUCUGUGAGGCAUCAUCGAGAGUUGGACGUCUAUACAUUAACCUCUGAGUCCAAAUCACAUCAUGAACCCUCAGUUCCUGGAAACAGUUGCACUGGACAUAUUUUUAAACUUAUGAACAUCCAGCAGCAGCUAAUGAAAACAAACCUGAAGCAGAUGGACAAUCCUAUGCCCUUAAUGGUGACAGCACAGGAUCCUUCAAGUGUGCCCAGUGCCCAAGAUUCAGAUGGCCAGUUUCUUUGCUGCACAUCAGAUCCCAGGGACAGCCAGCUGCACUCUUCUCUUCCUGAGGACCCUGAGAGCUCUCCAUGCGCCCAGGGGAGCACUGUUGGGGAGAUUGAAGGUUCCUCUGAUUUUUCAUGUGUGGCUAAGGAAGAGAACACAGACUGUUCCUGUAAGAAGGAAACUAAAGGCGUGGAGAAAGAAGGGGAAGAGGCGGAGCCAUCGCUUACUGUGGACUGUGGAACCAUGUCUGAUCCCAGCAGCCACCGUCCGAGCAUGCCUGCUUGUGGAGGAAAGGGCAUGGGAACCCUUCCACCCUGUGGAAUCAGAAAUGGAGAAACUGGAACAAAAUCCUCUGCAUUGGCCACAGACCAGGUGUCUCUGGACACUGGAGACAGCGUCCUGCAGGGAGAUGUGGGCAUGCAGCCGGCCACCGCUCCCACUCAGCAUUUCUCUGGAUGUGAACUGGCAGCCGGCAUCCCAGUGACUCCAGGGGAGAUGGAAAGUGGUCCUGUGAAUGCACAUGCUGCCAUCCAGAAGAAUGUGCUUGAAGUCAGGGAAAGUACAAAGGAAAAGCUGGAAAACUCUAAUAUCAUCACAGAUGGAUCCUCUGAUGUGAAAGUCACAAGUCAGACUGCAGAUAAAGCCAGUGUUCCAAACUGUGUCUCUGCCACCAGUUCCCCGGAUGGUGACAAACCUGCUGAGUCUUUGCUUGCAUUUAGUAAUGGAGAAGCCUCCCCUGUCAAAACUGCAGAAACAGAAGCGUCAAGAAGUUGUGAAGGGAGUGCUGGGGCUCCCAUGGAUCAGAGCUCCCUGGUAAUUCCAGCUGCUGCAGAAGACACGACUUCAGAUGGACUCGAACUUUAUGCUCCCUUGACAGGCACAAGUGAGGCAGCAUCAUCCUCUGAUCUAACGUUUCCCGGGCCACAAAAAGACGCGCCAAACCAGAAAUCAGAACCUGAGUCAUCUCACAUUCAAAGCCAAACCAGCAGAUCACCCAUCUGUUCUACAACUAGAGGGGGCACACCAUGUGCUGCCUUUGCAUGUGGGCAGAGCUCAGUGACUUCUAGUGGUAUGCUGGCUGCAGAAUACUGUGAUGGCAUAGUUACCCAGCCUGAAAGCACCACUCCAGGACUACCCCCCACACAGCAUCCCCCCCUUACCCUCUGCUGUGAAGGUCCACAGGCUAAUGCAGCCACCCCUGGCCCUAUGAGAGAUACCCAGGAACAGGUAGAGUUUUGUCCUGUUGAAGUUUCAGAUAAAAAAGGCCAGGGAGAAGAUUUGAAAUUAGGAACAUCUUCAACAAAUAUGCUUGAGGUGCAUCCACAGGCAGUUGUCCCCAAAGCCAAGAAAGAACUGGUACCAGACCAAGCAGUGACAUCAGACAAGACUUUUUCUCUGGCAAGCAGUCCAGGCAGUGAAUCAGUAACCAAAGAUGACGCGCUUUUUCUUUUCCCCUCCCAGAAAGAAAAAGGAAUAGCAACUCCUGAACUACAUACAGCUGCAGAUGGUAGAGAUGGCCCAGGCAGAGAUUCAAAUGAUCCUGAUAAACAGCCAUUAGAAGACGGUGCCACAGGCCUAUCCACACCCUCCCUUGCUGUCCAGCUUCAGCCCAGCAUGGGGAAUACAAGUCCCAUGGGACUUGGUGGGGAACAUGGGAGUGUCUGCCUCUCAGCAGCCCCUGAAGUUCUGGACAUCAAGGGGGCUGCUGACUCUUCUCUGUUAUGUGCAGGUAAGGCCAUUAUGGCCUCAGAUUCCAUUUUGACUGAAGAAGGAAAAAAUCUGGUGGUUCCAGAAAGCUCCGAAGCUCAGGGACAAGAUGGCAGGGAUAAAGCAGCAGCUUGUUCCUUUCUCAAGGAAGACACUCAUUCCUCAGGAACAUUUCAGGAAGAGCAGAGAACACCACCUCCUGGACAGGAGGCACUGGGAUUCUGUGGAGAGCCUGGCUCAGCUGCCUGUGCUGAGGAGAGAGCACUUGAGCGCGGUAAUUCAUUGGGCACACCCUCAGCCUGCCUGAAUGCAGAAACGGAGCAUAACAAGGAAGUGGCCCCACCAGUCUCGCUGCUGACUGAAGGUGGGGCUGCACAGAGCCUGGUGCCACUGGGAGCAAGUCUGGCUGCAGACCCAAGCCAGGAAGCUUUGGGUGCAGAGCAGAGCAGCUCUGCUCUGUUGCCAGAUCUGUUGCCAGAUGGGUCUGAGGCUCUUUCUCGCAAUGGAUCUUUUGCUCUGGAUGUUGGAGUGCAAAACCCUGAAUCCCAAGGUAAAAACACUGCUCAUGAGGUGAGUGGAAAUGUGCAGUUAGAUGUUGCCGUGGUUAAUGCUUUACAAGGUAAUGCGGGGGCCAGAAGAAAGGCUAUAUUACAUAAUGCCCAAGAUCUCCCAAUUCCAGAAGUCUUGAGCCAGGAGAAGAAUAUGAUCCUGGGUUUGCCAGGAGCUUUAGCAGAUGAAGGUGUGACUGACCUACAGGGUGCCGCAGCUCCAGAGAUGGUACCCCUUAGGGGGAAGGAACGAGACAACAACUGUGGCUUAGCCAACUCCGGGAAGGCACAGGUGGAUCCUGAAGCACAUCACAUCUUGGAGCAGCCUCUUGCCAAAGAGCUUCCCACAGAGACUGGACUCUCAAGUAGUGGUGACCAGGCCCUGGGCAGGGCAAGGGGCACUCCCCUUUUACCUUGUGCUGUGCCUCUGCCCAAGGGAGCCGACUCCAUCGAAGAGACUGCGUGUCGCAUAGUGGAGGCUGUUCUAGAUCAAGUCAGGUUCUCAGGAGCACUGAUCACUGGGCGGGAGAUCGGUCACAUGUCACUCUCCCGUCCUUCAGAGUCCGAUCCAGUGACUGAGCAGCCAGAGGGUGCUUCUACAGGGCAAGUGAGCACUUUCCUGCCUGUGCAGACUGUACACAUGGGCAGUAUCUGUGAAGAAGCCCCUGGUAACUGUGCAGGAUAUUUGGCUGAAACGGAGGAGCCAGAGAAGAUGGUUCUGCCCACUGAAGGAUCUGAGCCAGCAACAGAUAUGCCAGACUUGAAAGCUGCAGAUGAAGUGGAUUUUCUGAGUAAUAUCGGGGUGAGCUCGGCUUCUACAGAGGUGGCUGUCAAAGACACAGCCACCCCACCUGAUAUGAAGCAAGGCCUGAUGACCCAGGCGAUAAACCGAGAAAGCUGGUGUACGAUAAAGCCAUGCCCUGAUGCAACGUCUCUUUUGGCUCCUGCACAAAGCCCAGAAUGUGAGAACUUCCUAGAUGUUGGACUAAGCAGAGAGUGUGCCUCAAAACAAGGUGUCCUCAAAAGAGAAUCUGGAAGUGACUCUGACCUCUUUCACUCACCCAGUGAAGAGGUAGACAGCAUCAUCUUUCCCAAGCCCGAGGAAGAGCAGUUGGUCUGUGAUAUCACUGGAUCCAGUUCUUCCACUGACGACACAGCUUCCUUGGAUCGACAUUCUUCUCAUGGCAGUGAUGUAUCCCUCCCCCAGAUUUCAAAUUUGAACAGGUCCAGAGAUCAGCAGUGUCUUGACGGCUUCUACAGCCAUGGGGUGGGAGCUGAGGGUCGAGAGAGCGAGGGUGAAGCUGCCGGCUCAGGUGAGAUGGAGGAGGAGGAGAUGGACAGCAUCACCGAGGUGCCUGCGAACUGCUCUGUACUGAGGAGCUCCAUGCGCUCGCUGUCCCCUUUCCGGAGGCACAGCUGGGGUCCUGGGAAGAACGCGGCCAGUGAUGCUGAAAUGAACCAGCGCAGUUCAUUGCGAGUUCUUGGGGAUGUUGUCAGGAGACCUCCCAUUCAUAGGAGAAGUAUGAGCUGGUGUCCCUCUGGUGUGCAAUACUCUGCUGCCCUGAGUGCUGACUUUAAUUACAGAAGUUUCAGCCUAGAAGGCUUGACAGGAGGAGCUGGUGUCGGAAACAAGCCAUCUUCAUCCCUAGAUGUAAACUCCAUAAACACCAAAGAACUCAGACACCCUUUCAAUGGUGAAGAAAGGGGUGACUCUUUGGUGUCACUUUCAGAAGAGGAUCUGGAAUCAGGCCAGAGAGAACAUAGGAUGCUUGAUCAGCAGGCAUGUCACAGAUCUAAACAACAGGGAUUCAAUUACUGUACAUCAGCCAUUUCUUCUCCAUUAACAAAAUCCAUCUCAUUAAUGACAAUCAGCCAUCCAGGGUUGGACCCCCAGCCAAGGAUGCAGCCGGCAAGGCGGGUCUCCUUCUCCGUCCACAUCUCUCCACAUCUCCUUAAGUCUAAAACUCUUUUUUCUCUUGGCUCUUCUUACUCCAGUGAUGAUGAGGAGGAGUUGCAUAAUUCUCGGCCUUUCCACAGCACCAGUGCCAAUCUGACUGAGAGCAUAACAGAAGAGACCUAUAGUUUCCUGCCACAAAGCCCCUCUAAGAAAGAUUUUGAAGGGAAGAGUGGAACAAAAGUCAGUCGUACAUUCAGCUAUAUCAAGAAUAAAAUGUCCAGCAGUAAGAAGAGCAGAGAAAAGGAAAAAGAGAAAGAGAAAAUCAAGGAGAAGGAGAAAGAUUUGAAGGAGAAGGACAAGAAGACCAUCAACGGGCACACUUUCAGUCCCAUUCCUGUUGUGGGUCCAAUCAGCUGUAGCCAGUGCGUGAAGCCUUUCACCAGCAAGGAUGCCUACACGUGUGCAGGUUGCAGUGCUUUUGUCCACAAAGGCUGUAGAGAAAGCCUGGCCUCCUGUGCAAAGGUCAAAAUGAAGCAGCCCAGAGGAAGCCUCCAGGCCCAGGACACAUCCUCACUGCCCACAGUCAUCAUGCGGAGCAAGCCUUCACAGCCCAAGGAGCGUCCUCGGUCUGCAGUCCUCCUGGCGGAUGAAGCCACUGCCAUUCCCAUGUUUGCCAAUAGACGGUCCCAACAGAGUAUCUCACUCUCCAAAAGUGUCUCCAUACAGAACAUUGCUGGAGUUGGCAAUGAUGAGAACAUAUCAAACACCUGGAAAUUCCUGUCUCAUUCAACAGACUCCCUAAAUAAAAUCAGCAAGGUCAAUGAGUCAACAGAAUCACUUACUGAUGAGGGAGUAGGUACAGACAUGAAUGAAGGACAGCUAAUGGGGGACUUCGAGAUGGAAUCCAAACAACUAGAAGCAGAGUCCUGGAGUCGAGUAGUGGAUAGCAAGUUUCUCAAACAGCAGAAGAAAGAUGUGGUCAAACGGCAAGAAGUGAUUUAUGAGUUGAUGCAGACAGAAUUGCACCACAUCCGCACGCUGAAGAUCAUGAGCGAUGUGUACAGCCGGGGGAUGAUGACAGAACUGCUCUUUGAGCAACAGACAGUGGAGAAGCUGUUCCCCUGUUUGGAUGAACUGAUCAGUAUCCAUAGCCAGUUCUUUCAGAGGAUCCUGGAGCGGAAGAAGGAAUCUCUGGUGGAUAAAAGCGAAAAGAACUUCCUCAUCAAGAGGAUGGGAGAUGUGCUUGUAAAUCAGUUUUCAGGGGAGAACGCGGAACGCUUAAAGAAGACAUACGGCAAGUUCUGUGGGCAACACAACCAGUCUGUGAACUACUUUAAAGACCUUCAUACCAAGGAUAAGCGGUUUCAGGCCUUUGUGAAGAAGAAGAUGAGCAGUGCCGUCGUGAGGAGGCUAGGCAUCCCAGAGUGCAUAUUGCUGGUGACCCAGCGAAUCACGAAAUACCCAGUUUUAUUCCAAAGAAUAUUGCAAUGUACCAAAGACAAUGAAGUGGAGCAGGAAGAUCUGGCUCAGUCCCUGAGCCUGGUGAAGGAUGUGAUUGGAGCUGUGGACAGCAAAGUGGCAAGUUAUGAAAAGAAAGUGCGUCUGAAUGAAAUUUAUACAAAGACAGAUAGCAAGUCGAUCAUGAGGAUGAAGAGCGGCCAGAUGUUUGCCAAGGAGGAUUUGAAGCGGAAGAAGCUUGUGCGAGAUGGGGGUGUGUUUCUGAAGAGCGCAGCAGGAAGGUUGAAAGAGGUUCAAGCAGUUCUGCUUACUGACAUUUUAGUUUUCCUUCAAGAAAAAGACCAGAAAUAUGUCUUUGCAUCAUUGGACCAGAAAUCAACAGUGAUCUCUUUAAAGAAGCUGAUUGUAAGGGAAGUCGCACAUGAAGAAAAAGGUUUAUUCCUAAUAAGUAUGGGGAUGAAGGACCCAGAGAUGGUGGAAGUACAUGCCAGCUCCAAAGAAGAGCGCAACAGCUGGAUUCAGAUCAUUCAGGACGCGAUCAAUACCCUGAACAGAGAUGAAGAUGAAGGAAUUCCCAGCGAGAAUGAGGAAGAAAAGAGGAUACUGGACACCAAAGCCAGAGAACUGAAAGAGCAACUUCAGCAGAAGGACCAGCAGAUCCUCCUCUUACUGGAAGAGAAGGAGAUGAUUUUCCGAGACAUGACUGAGUGCAGCACCCCCUUGCCGGAGGAUUGCUCCCCAACUCACAGUUCUAGAAUCCUCUUCCGCUCCAACACAGAAGAGGCUCUCAAAGGAGGACCUUUAAUGAAAAGUGCAAUAAACGAGGUGGAGAUCCUUCAAGGUUUGGUGAGUGGAAGCCUGGGAGGCACACUCGGGCCGGCUGUCAGUAGCCCUGUUGAGCAAGAAGGCAUAGUUGGCCCUGUUUCCUUGCCUCGGAGAGCAGAGACCUUCGGAGGAUUUGACAGCCAUCAGAUGAAUGCCUCAAAAGGAGGUGAGAAGGAAGAGGGAGAGGAUGGCCAAGAUCUGAGGAGAACAGAAUCCGACAGUGGUCUGAAAAAGGGUGGAAAUGCUAACCUGGUAUUUAUGCUUAAAAGAAACAGUGAGCAACUUGUCCAGAGUGUCAUUCAUCUCCACGAACUCCUAAGCACAUUGCAGGGCGUGGUGCUGCAGCAGGACAGCUACAUCGAGGACCAGAAGCUGCUGCUGGCAGAGCGUGCACUCACCCGGAGUUCAUCGCGCCCCAGCUCCCUGGUGGAGCAGGAAAAGCAGCGCAGCCUGGAGAAGCAGCGCCAGGACCUGGCCAACCUGCAGAAGCAGCAGGCACAGCACCUGGAGGAGAAGCGGCGGCGCGAGCGUGAGUGGGAGGCCCGUGAGAGAGCACUGCAGGAGCGUGAGGCCCGGCUGGCGCAGCGUGAGCAGGAUGUGUGGCGUGGCCAGCAAGACCUUGACCGUGAGCGGGAGGAGCUGCAGCACAAGAAGGGUGCCUACCAGUGUGACCUGGAGAGGCUGCGCACAGCCCAGAAGCAGCUGGAGCGCGAGCAGGAGCAGCUGAAGCGGGAUGCUGAGCGACUCAGCCAAAGGCAGGUGGAGCACGACGCCUGUCAGGUGUCAUAUCAACAUACUAAGCUGCUGAGGAUCCCAUCCUUCUUUCCGAAUCCUGAGGAGCCCCCCAUGCCAUCUGUACCUUCGAUAGCCAAAUCAGGAUCCCUGGACUCAGAACUCUCAGUAUCCCCAAAAAGGAACAGCAUCUCUCGGACACACAAAGAUAAGGGGCCUUUUCACAUACUGAGUUCCACCAGCCAGACAAACAAAGUACCCGAGGGUCAGAGCCAGACCCCAGUACCUGCCUCUGCCUCCACCCGCCUGUUUGGGUUAGCUAAGCCAAAGGAAAAGAAGGAGAAAAAGAAGAAGAACAAAGGCAGCCGCUCUCAGCCCUGUGAUGGCCCCGGGUCAGAAGUACCCACAGAGGGUGAAGAGAUCUUCUGCUGACGCUGCCGUCUGCCAGGGCCAUCACCUCCUGUCCUGGCCCGUGGUUACCAGCCCCACCUCUCCUGCUGUUUCUGGGUGUGGUCUCUUACCUUGGACACCCAUGCUGCCCCAGGUCCUGGACCAGAGUGACAAACGGUCUCUAAUGUCAGGGUGGGGCAGGGGACCGGGAGUCAGUGGCUGCUCACAGCUCCCGGAUUGGGGCUGGCCCUACUGAGGGUAUUACACUGAAAGUAGGUGGUCCCAGAAGUCCAGGUGAUGGUUUCGGACAUGUCAGGAAUUUCUAAAGGCUGAAAGAAGUUUCCAAAUAAGGUCUAAAAUUCUACCUGCCUUUUAUUUGCAGGAGACAAGCAACAGUCAAGCAGCAGCAGAUAAUUUGGACUUGGUCUGUGUACAUAGUUACCCGUCUGCAUAUACCCAUGGGGCAUACCAGAAUCAGGCACCAUCUGUAGGAGGUGCUGCCCCGCCCUGCCUGGGGGACAUGCAGGCACUCAGCAGGUCAUCCCCUAGCCCUCCAAGGCGGCUUUCCUAUAACCCUACUCUGUGCACACCUCACCCCUUUCUGCAAGUAUUUCUCAUUUCAUUUUAGAAGCGAUAGCAAACAUUUGUGAAAACCAGUGAGAAAAGGCAUGACAUGUUUAAAAAGCAUAUGUGUAUAUAUAUGAUCUGUACCACCUUGAUUUGGGUGUUUGUGAUUUAAAAAAAAAAAAUCUAGUUUUAACAUGAAAUCCAAAGAAAUCUUACACUUAACUGGUUUUCCAGGAUGUUUGCCCGCAUACUCUGGGCAGAGAUGAAGUAGAGAAUCUCCUCAUCCCUACUCCUGCCUUGUGACACUUUCUGGUUGUCACUGACCCGCAGCCUCCUGGCAGCACGCCAAAGGAAGUUGCUUCUCCGGCACUGAGGUGAUCCCCACCCCAGUACCGGGACAGCUGGCCAUGUCAGUUCAGGUGAAGGAAUUUGGCCCACAGGUAGUAAUUUUUACAUUAGUGCAGCCCGAUCGAUAGCUGGCCCAGGUGUGGCUUGGAAAUGUGCUCAUCCUCUAUCAGGAGGCUGGGGCACAAUUCGAUUUCUUCAAACAUUUUUCAAAUCUAAAGGUCUGUUGGUUAUUGUACUCCACUCCCUGACGGUGCCACAGAUGCGGCCUGGUUACUCUUCUCUUCCUCUCUUCCACACUGUUGGUGAUCUGUAUUUGCUGGAGGCUCGUCACCGGCUAGUAGGAGCAGGACCGUUCAUUGAGUUCCUCUGAGGCCCCAUCUCCCUGCUGGACUCACUGCUCCCUGUAAGGGGAGACCCUGGAAAAGUCUGCUUUCAUUAUGCCCUGGGUCCUGCCCCUCAGAAGCAUGGGUCUUUGAACAUACUUCUUAAACAAAAUCUGUAACUUGGUGCUUGUUGAUGAAUUGCAAGCUGGCCUUGCAGAUGGAGAUAUUUAUCUUUCAGUUUAUUUGAAAGAGGUCUGGUUUAACAUUUUUAGGUUAGGUUUGUUUAUUUAUUUAUGUGUGUGUGUGUGUCUGUGUGUAAAGUGAACAUACUAGCCCAACGGUUUCAACCAUCUGAUCAAUGCAGAAAGUGAAUAGCCAACAGUGCUGCUCACUCCUCGGUGUCUGUCAAAGUGCUUUGAGGGCCCAAAAGAAAAUUAAUGGUUAGGGAAGGGGGAUGCUUUUCUUCUCUCCUCUCAUCCCCACCUCAUUCUCUGAUCAAAGGAUGUCAUCUUCCUUACUGGAGAGUCAGAACCUGCCACCUCUGAGUUAAUCACCUAUUCCUAUUGUGGAGAUUUCUUAGUCUUCAGAAACAGACUUUAAGACCAAAACUGGCUAAUGGUCUUUUGAACUCUGAUUCCCCUCCCCCCACCCCUAAACAGUACAGUUAAGUUCCUUUCUUGCAUCAGUCCAGCAGAGCCUGCCAUGGUAUUCCUCAGAUUCACACAGAGCCCAGCUCUCUUGGGCACCAAUCCCAGCUCCCCACUGGGGCUUGCCGUCCCACUGGACGUGUGCUGUCAGAGGAGAUGGCUGGCCAGAGGGGAUGGCUCCGGGCACUCGAAGCCUGGCAGCUGGGCCACCCUGUUUCCUGAGCCUGCGGCAGGAAGUGCUCAGGACUGACCACAUCAGCCCUCACGUCUGCUCUCCACAAGAGUGCUCUGGACCCCGGGUCACUGUCCACUGCUGCCUAGCUUGAUGACAAUUUGAAAGUGUCUUUUACUCUCAACUAGCUAUAACGUUUAAGUGGCUUUGGUUGGGGCGAUGGUGGGUUUUGUUUUUUUUAAAUGGAGACUUCACCUGCAUCCACACCCCAGUAAUUUAAUUUGGUCAGGUUCUGGCUGGACAAAUGUAGAAUCGUAAUUAGAAAGUAGCUUCCUGCAUCCACCCCACCUGGCCACCUCCAUUCAGAAUACAGGCUGCCGUAGGAAGAGACAACUACUUGGUAAGACCCGUGCUCUGACUUGCCUUUCCCCUCUCACCCCCAGGAGACUGGAUCCGGGGGACCUCCCAUUGUGCUUGGAGAGCUACCUGGGUUGUUGUUACUUGUGCUUGUGACCUUGAAAACCACUCUGGUUACUGAGUCUAAAGCCCCGUCUGGGUCUCUCCCUGUGAGAAGGGGUCGUCUGCCAGGGUGACUCUGAUUCAGUUCCCCGUUGUAUCUUCCAGCAAGCUCAAGAAAUCAGAUGCUUGAUGGUGUGGUUGAGUUUUGGGGGUCAGGUAGAGACACUAGCCAAGAGUCCCCAAGUUCCCAGAGUCUAGGGAAUUUCCUGGAAAGAGGCUGCAUCUUCUCAGUCUAUCAUCUCAGAAGUUGUCAUCCUGUUUGGGUGACACGUGCACUUUAAAUGCUCUCGUCUUUUGGCUUCAUUUUUGAGACAAUCAGCUGUGGUAACUGUUUCCUUCUUUGAAAACGAGAGGGUUAAAAGCAUGCAGAUCGCCAUAAUCCAGCCUUUGCCAACAUUCCAUUCUCUGCCCCCACGAGAGUGAUCUGUGCCUCAUCAAGAUUGUUUUCUCUUUUUUGAAAAGGUACGAAUCUUACCUUUUUCCACCUUCUGUCUCAGGGUAGCACCACUCAAGUCCCUUUGAGAAGAGAAUGUUUCCCUUAUUCUCUUCCUCAGCCCGAAUUGUUCAGACCCUCGGGGUUUGUUGUACCUUUCCAGGGAGGGAGCUGGAGUGGGGUGCAGGGUGACGGAGGCAGAACCUACCCAGGAGGCCAGGACAUCAUCCAUGAGUUGCUCCUCAUAGAAGUACUUGCUGUUUCACCACUUCGCCUCUGAGGCAGCUUUUCCAGAGCCAGUUCUUCCUGAGGAUUCUGGUAUUUGCUGGGGGGUGGCAGUCCACUGCAGUGUUGGUGGCCACUUGUGCCUGGGCCAGCCCCACCUGGGAGGGGGUUGGAGAUGCUGUCUUGGUGAGUGGCCGUCCCCAGGGUGGCUUGGACACCCUUAGAAUGUGGAAGCCCAAGCACCCCUUUAGGGUCAGAUGGUGGUUGAGAGAGACAUGUGUGCCUUGCCCACCCACCUUCCGUCUGGACAUACAUGCUGGUGCUGCAGGCCUGGGCGCCAGCCCCAUGCUAUUGCUCAUUGACAGGCAGAGACGAAGAGGAGGGCAAAGAGUUUGUUGUGGUUUGUGUCUGUCUUCGUUUUUCUUCCAAUGUAGCCUAACAUUCCUAGUUAACCAGAGCUUUGGAAUCUACUGCCUGCUGGCCAGGUUUUAAAGUGAAAAGUAUUUUAAUGCUGCCAUAAGAGUAAAAACAAAGAAGGAAGGGAAAAUACAAAAAGAAGCCUUCUACUUCUCUAAUUUAAUUUGUCAAAAGAUUGACAGGCCUUGAAUUAAUUCUCCAUCUUGCUAAGGUUUAAAGCCGGGCAAACCCUGCUGGCUCAAGUCCUCCGGCCACAGACAUGACACCCUGCUCCGCACACCUGGCCUAUGCUGGGGGGUCUCCUCCCUGCUGCAAAGCAGAGGGCACUGCCCCCCCCCCCCCCCACCAACCCCGGCCCAGCCUCUCCACCCCAGAGCCUCACCCAGCUUGAGCUCUCCUGCCUUCUGCAGCCACCUUCCAGGGGCCCGCCCAGUCAGCUUGCCCAUGGUCACGGUUCAGCCUGUGGUUUUGUGUGUUCCUUGCCCACUGGGGGCGUGGGACACGCCCGGACCUGCAGGAGGGCAAUUACCGUACACCUUAUACCUCUGCUUUUGUUGUUUUCAAACGCUAGACGAACGUUUCUGUGCUAGGUUCUUUUAAAUAAAAAUGGGUUAAAACCCACAUGCUGUAUAUUAAUUUGUAAUUAUGUAUAAAGUAAAGCAGUUUUACAGUAAAACUGUAAAAAAUUUUUCAGUGUGUUUUCUGGGAUUUUGCCACAACAUACUGGCUUUGUAUUUUAUUUAUCUUCCUCUCUAGUUAUUGGCUUCAGACUCUACUUGUAAAGUCCCCUCCACCCUUUCAAAAAAUAAAUGUCCUUUAAGUCUUGA